UUUGUGUGCGGGAUUUGUUAACUUGAGAGGUAACUUCAAACAGUAAUUUUAGUGACUAAGUGUAGAUACACGAUACAGUAAUUUUAGUAAAUAAUUGUAGAUACACAAUGAAGACUUUACUGAUCUAAUCUUUUCGAGCAUCUAGACAUCAUGUCAUCAAGUGCAAAACUUCCUCGGGUGGGAUGCCGGAAGAAGAAAGUGAAUCCAAAACCAAAUGCCUUAUUUACUGCAUGGCUUACUGAGUGGAAAAAUGAAGCCAAGGAGAAAGGAUGGAAGAGUGAAUGUGUAUUUGACAAGGCGUUAAAGUCUUUAAAGAAAUAUCCCAUGCCAUUAUCUUCAGGAAAGGAAUGCAAAAUUUUACAAUAUUUUGGACCCAAAAUUUGCAAGAUGCUUGAUGAGCGUCUGCAUCAGCACAACCUUGAGCUAGAGCAGCAGGUUACUGGGAGCACCUCAGCACCUGGUAUACUACGUCAUUCUGAUGACAGUAGGAGACAGCCAAGGUUAGGUGUUCAUGACAUUAGUGAAAGUUCUGAGGAGGAUGAGGAGGAGAGACAUCCACAGAUGCUUGUACAUGAUAUUAGUGACUGUUCCGAUGAAGAAAACGAUCAGACAAGUUUAAAGAAAAGGUUUCCUUCAAGAGCUGGAGAGAAUGCUGUGCAGUUGAUAACAUCAAACAGUUCAGCUUUUUCUUGUGUAGCUGAAUCCACAUCUUGUACAGCCAACUUGUCAAGUGAAGGAGAUCUUAUUCCUGAUGUUUUGCCUGGCAUUUCCAGGAAAAGACAGAAAAUCCUGACAAGAAAGGUGGAAAAAGCCAAGGAAUCCAAGUCUCAGUAUAUCCCUGUGUACAGGUCUGGACCAUAUGCUGUCCUUCUAACUCUCUACAAACAUGCACAACUACCUACAUCUAAAGGGUUUAUGACAAAGGCUGAGUUGUGUCUCGAGGCACAGCCACUUGCAGAUAAAUCUUUCACAGUUCCAGAAUCAAUGAGUCGGUACACAGCUUGGUCUUCAGUCUCAACAUUAAUCAAGAAAGGUUUCGUAAUAAAGGAAAGUAGUCCUGCCAGGUACAGACUUUCAGAAUCAGGUCACCAACUGGCAGCUUCCUUGCAUGAGACAGAUAAACAGCAUAGACUUGAGGGCAUUGGAAAAACUUUUGAUGUGAACACAAUAGCUCUUGGUGAUAAUGUGAAUAUAACUGCAGGAAAAAAUUCUUAUCCUGAUCAUCAGAGCUCUAUAUCAGGGAUCACUUUGAAGCAGCCUGUUUAUGAACUAUCUGACAGUGACUCAGAAGUUGAAACAGUGAACCAUAUUUCAUCUGAUAAAGAUUUGAUUGUCUCUGUCAGAGAAGAGUCGCCUCCUUCUGUCUCUUACUCUUCAGUAUUACAGUCUGCAGCAGCCAUUGGUGAUCCAGUAGAUCCCACCAGUUUUUCUUUUCUUUCUCAACAAAACUUGAAAAACAACAGCACUAAUGCUCCAUCAGCAUGGGAAAGCAAAAACGUUUCAGAUAUUCCUUUGUAUCCAGGAAGUUUUGAGAUUGUGUUAUGUGUAGAUAACAGAGAAUUUUAUGGCAGUCAGUCCAGCAGUAGAACGCUUCUUCCAGACCUCAUAAAAAAUGGAGUGGCCUGUGAGCUGCGCUGUUUACAUGUUGGUGACCUUCUCUGGAUUGCUCGGGAACAGAAACCUGUGGGUGGUGCUGGCUGCAAACAAGAGCUGGUUUUGAACUAUAUAAUUGAAAGGAAACGUAUGGAUGAUUUUGUCCACAGUAUGACUUCAGGCAGGCUGAAGGAGCAAAAGUUUCGACUCAGACACUGCGGCAUACAGAAAAAAAUUUUUCUGAUUGAAAGUUUUGAUUCCAUGAAACACUUCUCCAUAUCUGAGGACCGAAUCCACCAAGCCAUUGCAAAUACAGAGAUAAUUGAUGGGUUUACUGUGAAAUGGACCCGUGACUCCAGAGAAACAGCUGCAUAUCUGACACUUAUGACCCAGCAUAUAGAAAGGUUUUACAAGAACAAAGUUCUCUGGCCUGGUACAUUGGAAAUGGUGAAAAACGCGCAAGAGGAUUCCAGUAACCAUCUGUGCUUAAUGCCCUUUGACUGUUUUAAUGAGUCUUCAACUAAAAGCAAGAUGUUAUCUGUCAAAGAACUGUUUGCCAAACAACUUGUCCAGCUGUCUGGUCUAUCUGCUGAAAAAGCAAAAUCAAUUACUGAAAAGUAUACAACCCCAUCCAGUCUUCUUCAAGCCUAUUCUUCUUGUCACUCAGAAAAGGAGAGGGAAAACCUUCUAUCAAAUAUCAAAUGUGGGCGAACAUUGAGUUGGGGUUGAGAACAAAAUUUGGAUGGUGAGAAGGGCCUGUAACGACUUCAAAUAGCUGACGGAAGUUUUGUGUGCACAUUGGCGUACGCUAUUGUCUACACUGUAGUAUUAUUUGUUUUCCAAUUAUCAUGUAUGUUUGUUUACCCCCAAAGCUUAGAACGAGUAGCCUGUAUCCAUCUAGUAAAUUUAUUGUCCUUUCUACUAGAUCAAUAUCUGCACUUCUGUGGCAAUUACUCUGCAAGCACUUGUUUUUCUAUGUAUUUUUUUAAAACAAUGGAACAAAAAGGAUUAAGAAAAGGAGGAAGAGCAACAACAAAAAAUAAUAUAGUUUGAAAUUGUGAGUGGUUUAAUUUGUGAUUGUUUUCUUGUUUGGUCACCUUUUUUCUCCAAUUCACUGUUUCAAACAUCUUCCCUCUUCAAUUUAUGAAUUACAAAAUAUUACAAGAAAAUAUUACAAAAUAUUACAAGAAAUUCAUUGUUUAUCAUUAGCACAUACGAAGCACAGUCAUGUCAAUUAAAAUCAGUGACUGUAAACACUGUGUUGUACACUUAAGCCACAAGUGUGACAACAGAAAUAAAACAAUACUUCUACUUAUCCUACAUCACCUGCUUUAUCUCUAUGGUGCAGGCUAAUUUAUAAUUUACCUGGAGUUAAAAGAAACACUUUUUCAGAUAGUGAAUGGGCACUGUCAGGCAUGAACUGAUGGCCAUUUGCAUUGUUCAAAAAGUAAACGUACCCUAACCCAGAUGAAUUAUCUUUUGUUGGUCACCAUUAGGAAUGAACUGAAAAUAUUAUCCCCACUUGAAAAAUACAAAACAAAAGAUACAGGGAAACAAAAACAAUGAAAUUAAAGUUAAGAAUUCAGUUGAUUUGUUGUUGUCAUUUGUGCUGUUCAUCCUUCUGUUGUUCUUUCUCUUUAUUUAUUGUUGUUAUUGUAAUACAGUUGAGAAUGCAGACAGUCCCAACCCUGAUAGCAAGCCGUUUCUUCUCAGUUAUGUUCUCAACUCUACCACAAGAACUGGUCCGUUGAGAAAGACGCCUUGGGCAUUGCUUGUGACCACUCUGUGUGUAACUGUCAGGCAUUCAGAAAGAAGACUACAUGCUCAUGCUCUGUAAUCCAGAAUUAAUUCAUUCCAGAAAAUAGAUUAAGUGGUAAAUAUUUGAAGAUUUCAAAGUGCACAGCACCAUAUUGAUAUAGCUAGAGUCACAUUUAGCAGGAAAUUAAAGAGCCAAUAAUUUCAUGGCAGAGUGCAAGUUCAUCCAACUGCAUAUUAUUACUUCACAACAAAUAUGGAGAGAUAAGCACAAGAACCAGCAGAGGAGCUUUCAUUGUCAAACUGUGCAGCUUUUUUUAUUGCUGAAUCACAUGACCAUUUACCAAUUUAACGCUUAUGGAGGCAUAACUUUUUUUUAAAUCAAUUCAUUAUGUGGGUGGGUGGACCUGAUAUUGAGAAAUGUUUGAUAAAAUGGCAUCUGUAUCUAGCAACAAAUUAAUCUUUAAAACAUCUAAAGUGCAGUAAUCAAAUACAUUGCUUAGUUGACUAGGUGCACAUCCUAUUCCAUGUGUAUAUUUUGUGUGCAUGCAUCAGUGCCUGUGCGCCUUUACCUGCUAUUGCAAGAAUGAACACCUUGUAUUUUUUUUUUUCUUUUCUUUCUCAAACAGGAAUUUAGGAAGUUCAAUCAGUCGGCAAGUGGCAAGGUUGUAUGGCUCUAUGAAACUGUUGUGAAUUUCGUGACGAAAAAAAUGUUGCUCAUGUGGUUUUUUUUGUAGUCAUCUACACACCUAUUAUUGAUGCAUUUUAUAUGGCUUUUGUGUUAUACUAUCAUACAAUAUUAAUAGUUAUUGUAAGAUCUCAGUGUUUGACAGUGUGUGUACAUAUACACCUGUUUGAGGAUGGGUGCAUACCUUUGUAAAUCCAGUGUUUGACCCUUACCAGCUCUAAAAAGGUCUGAGAAAAAGAAAUCUACUAAGCAGACCAAAUUGUGACAUUGCUAUACUUAUUUCAACAUCAUAAUUUUGAUAGUGUACUCUUAUGAGGAAUGAAGAGGUAAAGAAGUGAAAAAGCCAGACCAUCAUACAGGGCUUCCUAUCCUUUCAUCUGGUCAACCAAGGAGACAGGACAGACAGCAGCACAGGAGAAAGAGAAGGGUAUGCUUCAGCAGGCACUAUCUCCCCCUCCACCAGUCAGCAGUAUUUUGUCCCAUGCUGUCUGGAAUGCGCACCAACAUCCUAGCCUUACAUGAAAUUUUGCCUGGUACUCUUGUUAUUAAACUUAUUAAUGAAUAAUAAACAGCAGAGCACUUGCAACUGUACUUCGCAUGCAUACCACAGUUGUAUUAUGCACACUAUAGUAUAAUUGAUCUACAAAUAUCAAAAUAAAAUGUUUGACAUGAGAAACAGAAAUUUCAACAUAAUACACGUACCAUGGUAACAGUAAGAAGAAAUCUACAACUUUUGAUAACUGAAUAUUGUGGGGUUUUUUUAUUUGUUGUUGUUUUUAGUGUGGUUAAAUGGAUCAAUUCUUAAUGGUGUUUUUGAAAGGAUUUUAGUGCAUGGUGUGUUUUGAGAUCUGGUGUCAAAAAGCAACAUUAGUGGGCGUAUUUUAUUGAUAGAUAAUAUUCUUGGGUGCAGUAAUGGAAUUUCUGGCCAUGACAAUUUUAAUUUAGAACAUUUAUUACGGAUUGCUGUUUUGUGAGAUUUGGGGGAAAAUGUGCCUAAAAUUGAGAUGGAAUUUUCAUUUUUUGUACUCUCAAUAUUGCAAUAGCAUAACUUUGACAUAUGUAUUUGGUCACCUAUUUUAAGAUUUUCACAACCAUUUUUUUGUGGCCAACUUCAACUUGGUAGCUGCAUAAUAAUCACUGGAAGUGUGUAGGGCUAAAAUGGUGGGGGAAAAGGGAAUGAUGUUAGAUGCCAAGUCAGCAAGUGAGGCUGUAUCAUGGCAAAGAAGACCCACAUGCAGAAAAAGAACAUUUAAGACAAAUCUGAACAUAUUACAACCAAUCUUGUAUUUGUGACAAUUACUCAACCCUUUGGCCAUGAUUGUGGCUUUGCUGGGGAAUGGGGACGGUGAUUUUCAUUACUUUUAUUGCUAAGUUCAAGGUUUCUCCUUUCCAAAAAUGUAUAGGUUUCUUGGUCUGUUUACCUGAGAGCAGCAAUAAU